AUGCGCCGUAACUGGAGAGGACGAUAUCGAAAUAAUUGGUACCGUUCAAGAAAUAAUGAAAAUAACAGUUCAGAUAAUCAGAGUUUAAAUAAUUCGACGAAUAGUCACCGAGUAUCAAGUACUGCAGGAUCUUCAAGAGCUCCAGCUAAUCAGAUACCAACUGUUAUACCCAUCAAUGAAACUACCAACAUUUGGAAGUUAUACUUUCCCACGAAAGAUCAACAACCAGAUUUAGAGUUAACCAACCAAAUUAGAUGUUUCAAACAAUUUAUUGAGAAACACAAAAACUUGUUUGAUUUGGAGAAGAUAGACCAGACCCGCAGUGUGCCAUUAGAUGUCACCAACUUGUUGAAUGAUACAGAGUUCAUUAGCAGCUGGCCUAGCUUUAAUACAGAAUUGUUUGAAUAUCCAGAUAAAACAUUGAGGCUCCUUGAGUAUUGUUUACAUGAGACUCUCAAAUGUGAAUCUAAGAUAAAAGUGAGAAUACUAAAUCACCAGCCAGUGAUUCCAUUAGCUAAUUUAAAAGUUAAUUACUUUGGUAAACUAGUAACAAUAAAGGGCACAGUCAUCAGAGUUGGGAGUGUGGGGCUCAUCUGCACUUCUAUGGCAUUUGAGUGCUCUAGCUGCCACAACCUACAGGCUGUCAUUCAGCCUCAGGGAGUUUUCACAGCACCUACAUCAUGCCAAAGCUGUAAUGGUGGGUCAAGGUUUGAACCGCUGCAAUCAUCUCCAUUCACCAACACAACAGACUGGCAAGUUGCUAAAAUACAAGAAAUUCAAUCACAGAGUCUGUCAGGAACUAUUCCAAGAAGUGUAGAGAUAGAACUUCAGGGAGAUUUAGUUGGUACAGCAUGUCCCGGCGAUGUGCUCUCUGUCACAGGGAUUGUUCAGGUGCGUGGCGAAAGCAAAGGCGGCGAAGACGGCAAACGAGCUGCCAGACUCCUACAGCUUUACAUUGAAGCUGUGUCAAUACACAGCCAUCGAAAUCUAAGCAAUCCAACUCUAUCCUUUACAUUGAAAGAUUAUUACGCCAUUCAGGAAAUACAUGCAACAGAGGAUGUGUUCAGAUUACUAGUCCACUCACUCUGUCCAACAAUAUUUGGCCAUGAGGCAGUGAAAGCAGGACUCAUACUUGGUCUUAUAGGUGGUACUGAACAUGAUAAUGGACCAAGGUCCAACCCUCAUGUCCUGGUUGUGGGAGAUCCAGGACUCGGAAAGUCACAGUUGCUACAGGCUGCAGCUCAUGCUGCUCCAAGAGGUGUUUACGUAUGCGGUGCCUCAGCAUCUGCAGGGGCCUUACUGUAGCACUGGGCCGUGAAGCAGGAGGAGACUUCGCUUUAGAAGCAGGCGCACUAGUUUUAGCCGACAAAGGCGUAUGCUGUAUUGAUGAACUUGAUAAGAUGACGGCUCACCACAGCAGUUUGUUGGAAGCGAUGGAACAGCGGCGUGUGAGCGUUGCGAAGGGAGGCGUGGUGUGCAGCCUGGCCGCGCGCGCCACUGUACUGGCCGCCGCCAACCCGGCUGGAGGCAGCUACAACAGAUCUAAAACUGUAGCAGAAAAUCUAAAAUUAAAUUCAGCACUUCUCUCAAGAUUUGAUUUAGUUUUUAUUCUUUUGGAUCAACCUGACGAGAAAAUGGAUGCGAUGCUAUCGGAACACGUGCUGGCUCUACACUCUGGCCAUAAAGGAAAGCAUACAACAAAACAGCACAAUCUAAACACAAGCAUGAAUACAAGUCAAUGUGAUAACGAGAUUUCGCUCAGUCAAAGGCUUCGUUUAAAACCUGGUGAGGUGAUCGACCAUUUACCUUAGUUCUUUUAAGAAAAUACAUAGCAUACGCUAGAAGGUACGUCCACCCAAAACUAAGUGCCGAUGCAGCCAAUGCUUUGCAAAACUUUUACUUAGAACUUCGGCACAACCAUCAAGGAGGGUCUCAUGACGGUACACCUAUUACAACACGCCAACUUGAAGCCUGCAUACGACUAACCCAAGCUAGAGCUCGCGUCGAUUUGAGAGAAGAAGCUACUGUCAAAGACGCAAACGAUGUGAUAAGCUUAUUGAAGCACAGUCUUAUAGACACGUUCAGCGACGAGUUUGGAAACAUACAAUUAUCCAGAUCUAUUAAUGGAUCAGGCGUUAGUUCGAGAAACAAGGUGACCUACAACAUUAAUUACGAUAAUAUGCAUGCAUUACCCAAUCAAGGCAUUUUCCAGCAUACAGCAUAUAA